UCUCUUUGUCUUAAUUUACAGGCUGCGUCGAUGGCACUGAGCAGCUUGGGCCACGUAUAUACUGCUAUAGGAGACUAUCCAAACGCCCUGGCCAGCCACAAGCAGUGCGUCCUGCUGGCCAAGCAGUCCAAGGACCAGCUGUCGGAGGCCCGCGAGCUGGGGAACAUGGGGGCCGUCUACAUCGCCAUGGGAGACUUUGAAAACGCAGUCCAGUGUCAUGAGCAGCACCUGGGCAUCGCCAAGGCUCUGGAGAAUAAACGGGAAGAGGCGCGCGCCUACAGCAACCUGGGCAGCGCCUACCACUACCACCGCAACUUUGACAAGGCCAUGUCGUACCACACGCACGUUCUGGAGCUCGCGCAGGAGCUGGACGAGAAGUCCAUCGAGAUGAGAGCCUACGCCGGACUGGGCCACGCUGCCCGCUGCAUGCAGGACCUGGAGAGAGCCAAGCAGUACCAUGAACAGCAGCUGUCCAUCGCUGAGGGUCUGAAGGACAGAGCUGCGGAAGGAAGGGCCUCCUCCAACCUGGGUAUUAUCCACCAGAUGAAGGGCGACUAUGAGACUGCACUGAAGCUCCACAAAACCCACCUGGCCAUUGUUCAGGAGCUGAACGACUACGCCGCUCAGGGCCGCGCCUAUGGCAACAUGGGUAACGCCUACAACGCCCUGGGAGCCUUCGACCAGGCCGUCCGCUACCACCGCCAGGAGCUGCAGAUCUCCAUGGAAGUCAACGACCGGGCCUCGCAGGCGUCCACGCACGGCAAUCUGGCCGUGGCGUACCAAGCACUGGGCGCCCACGACCGCGCUCUGCAGCACUACCAGAACCACCUCAACAUAGCCCGCGAGCUCAGAGACGUCCAGAGCGAGGCGCGGGCGCUGGGCAACCUCGGCAACUUCCACUGCUCGCGAGGAGAGUUCCCUCAGGCCGUGCCCUACUACGAGCAGUACCUCCGGCUGUCCCCGGACCUCCAGGACAUGGAGAGCGAGGGGAAGGUGUGCCACAAUCUGGGCUACGCCCACUACUGUCUGGGCAACUAUCAGGACGCGGUCAAAUACUACGAGCAGGACUUAGCUCUGGCCAAGGACCUCCAUGACAAACUGAGUCAGGCUAAGGCGUACUGUAACCUUGGCCUGGCCUUCAAGGCCCUGGGAGACUUUACCAAGGCGGAGGAGUGUCAGAAAUAUCUGCUGUCGCUGGCCCAGUCUCUCAACAACGCACAGGCUCGCUUCAGAGCCCUGGGAAACCUGGGAGACAUAUUUGUCUGUAAGAAAGAUGUGGCCGGAGCCAUUCAGUUUUAUGAGCAGCAACUGGCCUUAGCUCACCAGGUUAAGGAGCGCAGGAUGGAGGCCUGUGCCUAUGCCGCGCUUGGGGCCACCUACAGACUGGUGCAGAAGUAUGACAAAGCCCUAGGCUACCACACCCAGGAGCUGGAGGUUUACCAGGAGCUGGGCGACGUGUCGGGAGAGUGCAAAGCCCACGGCCACCUGGCAGCUGUCUACAUGGCCCUGGGGAAGUACGCCAUGGCCUUCAAGAGCUACGAGGAGCAGCUGGAGCUCGGGCGGAGGCUUAAGGACCCCGUGGUGGAGGCUCAGGUGUACGGGAACAUGGGCAUCACUAAAAUGAAUGUAGGGGUGAUGGAGGAAGCCAUCGGCUACCUGGAGCAGCAGCUGGCCACUUUACAGCAGCUGAGUGGCAACGAGGCGGUCAUGGACAGGGGCCGGGCCUACGGGAACCUGGGAGACUGUUACGAGGCUCUGGGAGACUUUGAGGAAGCCAUCAAGUAUUACGACCAGUACCUGUCUGUGGCCCAGAGCCUGAACCGCAUGCAGGACCAGGAGAAGGCCUACAGAGGCUUAGGCAAUGGACACAGAGCCAUGGGACACCUGCAGCAGUCGCUGGUGUGUUUCGAGAAGCGUCUCGUCGUCGCCCACGAGCUCGGCGAGUGCGGCGGCAAAGCCCAGGCCUACGGUGAACUGGGCGCUCUCCACAGCCAGCUGGGCAACUACGAGCAGGCCAUCUCCUGCCUGGAGCGUCAGCUCGCCAUCGCCCGCGACACCCAGGACCGCCUACUGGAGGGCGACGCCAGCUGCGGUUUGGGCGUCGUGUAUCAGUCAAUGGGAGAGUACGAGACGGCGCUGAGGUGCCACCAGAGUGACCUGGAGAUUGCGGAGGAGACGGGGAGCCCCGCGCGGCAGGCGCGCGCCUACGGCAACCUGGGUCUCACGUACGAGUCGCUGGGGAACUACGAGCGAGCCGUGGUUUUCCAGGAGCAGCAUCUAAGUGUGGCAGCACAGACUAAUGACUUGGCUGCCAAGACACUGGCCUAUGGCAGCCUGGGGAGAACACACCACGCACUGCAGAACUACUCGCAGGCUGUCAUGUACCUGCAGGAAGGCCUGCGGCUCGCGGAGCAGCUGUCUCGGCGCGAGGACGAGGCGAAGAUCCGACACCGUCUCGGGCUCUCGCUUUGGGCCAGUGGGAACCUGGAGGAAGCCCAACAUCAGCUUUACCGAGCGUCUGCGCUAUUCGAGACCAUCCGUCACGAAGCACAGCACAGCACGGACUACAAACUCUCCCUGUUUGACCUGCAAACGUCCUGUUACCAGGCUCUCCAGAGGGUGCUGGUCAGCCUCGGCCACCACGACGAGGCGUUGGCGGUGGCAGAGCGAGGUCGUACGCGAGCCUUCGCUGACCUGCUGGUGGAGCGGCAGACCGGUCAGCAGGACUCGGACCCUUACACCCCGGUGACCGUGGAGCACAUCCUGGACACGGUGAACAGCCAGAGAGCCCUAGUGCUUUACUUCUCCAUGGCAGCGGGUUAUUUAUACAGCUGGCUGCUGGCUCCAGGAGCAGGUAUCCUGAAGUUUCACGAGGUGUACCUGGGCGAGGGCGUGUCAGAGGGAGGCUCAGACUUCCAGGAGGGAGGCAGCGGCGGCGGAUUGGUCGGCGGAUCGUCGCUGGAGCAGCACAUCGGCAGCGCCCGCGAGGCUCUGGGAGUCGAGUCUUACUACAGCAGAGGGUGCUCGAGCAGCGAGACCGAGAGCGAGGCGGGAGAUUUCCUGGACCAGCAAUUCGAGGAGCUCAACAACAAGCUGAACUCGGUCACUGAUCCGACAGGCUUCCUGCGCAUGGUGUCCAGGAACAACCUGUUCAACAGGAGUUGCCAGAGUAUGACCAGCCUGUUCAGUAACACCAUGUCUCCUGCCAAAGACGGUAACUCUUCCCUGCCUCGCCGCUCCAGCAACCUCGGCAAACCUCCACUCCGGGCACUUUAUGAUUUGCUCAUUGCACCUAUGGAGGGGGGCUUGAUGCACUCCAGUGGACCCGUGGGCCGACACAGACAGCUGGUGAUGGUGCUGGAGGGAGAACUGUACCUCAUUCCCUUCGCCCUGCUGAAAGGAAGCUCUUCGAACGAAUACCUGUACGAGCGCUUCAGCCUCAUCGCCGUUCCCUCCAUCCACGGCCUCGGGUCCAGUGCAAAGGCCCACUCUCGGCGUCAAGGAACUGCUCCGUGUGGCGGCGUAUCCAUGGCGGCGGUGGUGGGGAACCCUCGGCUGCCCUCACCUGUGAUGGACAGGUGGUUGUGGGGGCCCAUGCCCUCUGCGGAGGAGGAGGCGCUGAUGGUGGCCGAGCUGCUGGGAUGCCAGCCGCUGGCGGGUUCUUCCGCGACCAAGGAGAGGGUGAUGAGCGCACUCACGCAAGCCGAGUGUGCCCACUUCGCCACGCACAUCUCCUGGAAGCUAGCGGCACUGGUGCUCACCCCAAACCCCGAGGGCGGACAUGGAGGCGCGAGCGCCAGCGUGGGUGUGGGAACAGUGGGGCGAGGAGCGGGCAGCAGGAGAGGCAGCAGCAGUCGAGGCCGGAAGGGCUCGAUUGGAAGCAGCUACACCAUCCCGGAGUCUCUGCACAUGCAGGACGACAGCAGUGACGUGGAGAGUAUCUGCGACAGUCCGCCCCUGCAGGAGUUCCUCCUCACGGCGGCAGAUAUCCUGGACCUGAGGUUGCCUGUCAAGCUGGUGGUGCUGGGUUCAUACCAGGAGUCCAGCAGUAAGGUGACAGCGGACGGAGUGGUGGGACUGACCCGAGCCUUCCUGGCCGCCGGGGCUCAGUGUGUCCUCGUGUCGCUGUGGCCCGUUCCCGUCGCAGCCUCCAAGGUGUUCGUCCACGCCUUCUACACUGCCUUGCUCAAUGGCACCAAGGCCAGUGCGGCGCUGGCUGAUGCCAUGAAGACCGUUCAGAGCAGCAAGCAGUACUCGCACCCAUCCAACUGGGCAGGAUAUAUGCUGAUCGGCAACGACGUGAAGCUCAACAGCCCGUCGUCGCUCAUUGGCCAAGCUCUGGCGGAGAUUCUGCAGUAUCCAGAUCGAGUGCGGGACGCCCUGAGAGUUUUACUCCACCUGGUGGAGAAGUCUCUUCAGAGGAUACAGAACGGUCAGCGUAACUCCAUGUACACGUCGCAGCAGAGUGUGGAGAACAAGGUGGGGGGCGUGCCCGGCUGGCAGGCGCUGCUGACGGCCGUGGGCUUCCGUCUGGACUCUGCGGGCCCCGGUAUCCCUGCGGCCGUGUUCUUUCCCACCGCAGACCCGGGGGACAGGCUCCAGCAGUGCAGCACCACUUUACAAUCACUACUGGGUUUGCCACCACCAGCUCUCCAGGCUCUGUGCAAACUCAUCACAGCGUCAGAGGCGGGAGAGCAGCUCAUCAACCGGGCUGUUAAAAAUAUGGUGGCUAUGCUCCACCAGGUGCUAGUCCAACUCCAGACAGGAGAGAAAGAGCAGGAUUUCUCCCUCCUGCCCAUUCAGGUGUCCAUCAGUGUGCAGCUAUGGCGACUCCCAGGAUGCCAUGAAUUUUUGGCUGCUCUCGGAUUUGACUUAUGUGAGGUCGGCCAAGAAGAAGUGGUGCUGAAGACGGGCAAGCUGGCCAACCGUCGCACCUUGCACUUUGCCCUCCAGUCUCUGCUGGCGCUGUUUGACUCCACUGAACUGCCAAAGCGUUUGAGCCUGGACAGUUCGUCGUCCCUCGAGUCUCUGGCUUCUGCCCAGUCGGUGUCCAACCCACUGCCCAUGGGCUACUCCAGCCUUCCCUUCUCUCCCCCGUGCCUGGACAAUCAGGCGUCCGACGCCAUCUCUGUCUACAGCCUCAGCUCUGUAGCCUCCUCCAUGAGCUUUGCCUCCAAGUCGGAGUGUGAUUUCCUCAGUCAUCGGCAACGCGGCGGGGCCACGGCACACUACUCCAUCCACAAACACCCUCACGUUCCCCGUAGCCGCUCAUCUCCUCAUGGGGCGGCUGCUGCAGCACCGGGAGCCCGGGGGGAUGAGGAGGAGUACGAGGGUUUUUCCAUUAUCAGCAGUGAGCCACUGGGAAGCCACUGUGAUUCCCUGCCUCUGCCGCCAGGCCACAGCCAGCGUCACCACCGCGGCGGCAGGGGAGUCGUUAGUGGUGUCGGCACAGGAGCAGGGAGAGGAUACACUGUGUCAGUAUCGUCAAGGGGCAGCGUCAGCACCCCCACAUCCCCUGUCAAAACAUGCCUCGUGCCCAGCCCAAACUCGCCUUUCCAGAAGGUGGGUAAGGUGAGUAGUUCUGAUACAGGCGAAUCUGACCAGUCCAGCACCGAGACGGACAGCACCGUCAAGUCUCAGGAGGAAAAAACUGCCCCUCUGGAUCCUCAGGAGCUGGCCCAGAAGAUUCUCGAGGAGACGCAGAGUCACCUACGCGCCGUGGGUAGCCUUCAGAGAGCUGGGCCAGAUGGUGGAACGACUGGUGGGACCUCAGCCCGGAGCAGCGCCUUCCGCUCCUCUGAAACGAGUGCGUUCAGCCGUCCCAAUAGCAGCGCGAGUGGCCGAGCUCAGUCUUCCCCAAAACCCAAACCCCCCUCGCGUUCCUCCUCACUUCAGAAGGUAAGCUCAGGCUACAACAGUCCUGCAGUCUCCGAGUCUUCCCAAAAGGAGGGCAGCCAUCCUUCUCCCACUCUGGACAGCCACGCACAGUUCAAACUCAAGUACCCAAGCUCCCCAUAUAGUGGCCACAUUUCCCGUUCACCAAGUAAUGUGUCUCCAAGUUCCGGUCACCAGUCCCCAGUAGGUAGCGCUCCGUCCCCAGCCCUGUCCUAUUCGUCGACAGGCUCCGCCUGCUCCACAUCAGCUGAUGCCACAGACUUGGACCGGCUAAGAAGAGGGGUCAUUGAUGAAAAGGUCCAAGCGAUCCACAAUCUGAAGACCUUUUGGGCUAACGCUGCAGCCCAGCAACAGCAACAUCUUGGUCCUGUCAAGGCCGUCCACGGUUCUCCGGGACCCCUUGCGUCUGCAAGUAGGGACGUACUGAGCCUUCUGAACCUUUCGCCACGGCGUUGUUCCCCUAAUGACACCCAAGACAGCCUGGAGCUGCGGGAGCUGGGGCUGCAGUCACUGGACAGGGGCAGUAAGAACUCUUCCAAUGGACACCACUGCUCCAACACUAGAAAAGUGGCCCCAUCACCGACUAUUUCCACAAGUAGUAGUCCCGGUGCUCGUUCCAUCCGACUUCCUGCGGGUAAUGGAUACAAGUUUCUGUCGCCAGGGAGGUUUUUCCCGUCCUCAAAAUGCUGAGACGUUUGAAAUGGUCCCAAACUUUUACAUAUGGUUUGUUAUGCUGUGUGCUGGGGGAGUCGGGCACUGUCCGAGGACCACUAUCGGCGCACCAAGCUUGACUGACAGUGAUCGGGGUCACUGAGAGUGAUCCCGCAAGAGGCACAUGAAUGCUUUAGGGGAGUGUCUUGUCUUUGUGCCCAUAACACUGUAAAUGGCAAUGAGAAAUACUCAACGACCUGAUACUGUGUUUGUGUGUAAGUGUGUGUCAGGUAGAUGUAAAUGCCAUUUGGUAAUAAUUCCCCCCCCCCCUCCAAAAUGUUGCUGUUUGUGUGGGCCAAGAUGCAACAAGGUUUUCUCCAUUCACAGAUUUUUUUGUUUUGUUUGUUUGUUUCUGAAAUAUAAUGGUUAUUGUUAUUAUUAUUAUUGUUUGUUAUUGUUAUUAAUAUUAUAAUAAUUAUUAUUAUUAUUAUCAUGUUUUGUAAAUUAAUUCCAGUGUUUCACAAUCAGUAUUAAGCAUUUUUAUAUUAUUGAAAAGUGAACAAAACCUGUACCAUGUAAAGAUGGAAAGAGUGGGAGAGGGGGAAAAAAAGAUUUAAUAUUUUUUAUUGAAAUCAAAAAGGGCUUUUUGCCUGAUUUCUUUGUGAAUUGACUGUUUGCUCUGAAGCAUGGAUUCUCUUGCUAUUCAAUGUUAAGUACCACGUAUGACUUUUUAGCCAACGAUUUUUUUCUUUUUGAGAUUAACAUUAAAAAGUUUCAUGACAACCAUCUGUCAUUUAUCAGUAAACAGUUUCAAUAAACACAUCAUGUUUG